ACUAAAUAGGGCCAGGCGCAACAGUAGGUGCGCUGCAUGCUUCGGCGCUUUGCGGCGCUGGUUGGCUCAGCCACGGCGUCAAUUACCAAGCAACUAUCGUCUAAUCAAAAAGAUAUUCUUUACUCGACAUACGCUAUGGGGGAUUCAGCGUUGACUCGGGCGGAGCUUCUGCAUCAGCUGCAGGCGCUUGCUCAACAUGCUUCAGCAAACGAGGGAACACCCUUGACAGCUGUUGCAGAGCAGCUUGAAGCCCUUGCAAGGCAAAUGCGAAUGUCAUGCAACACAAGCGUUGGCGGGCCGGCUAGCACCUCUGCCCCAGCACCAGCACCAGCCGCCCCAGCUCCCAACAGCGGGCCUGGCAGUGCUACUGCUGCUGCUGCUGCUGCAGGCGUUGACGGCGGCAGCGGCAGUAGCCACCUGCUAGGCACCCCAGGGGCCGCGGGCGAGGAGGCUGCUGCUGCCGCUGCUGCUGCUGCUGCCGCGAUCACGGAGGUACCGGGGAGCAGCCCUGGUCAGCAGCCCUCUAAGAAGCAGCGGAGAGCCCCCCGUGAGUUUGACUUCACGCGCUACCGCACCCGCCCCGUGGCGCUGGAGCUGAUGUACGUGGGGUGGGCCUUCCAGGGCUUCGCGCGGCAGGACAACACGGACAACACCAUCGAGGGUGUGUUUUUCUCCGCGCUCCGCAAGGUGAAGCUCAUCCCCGAGGCAGCCCCCGUGUCGGAGCUGGCCUACUCGCGAUGCGGCCGCACGGAUGCGGGGGUCAGCGCGCUGGGGCAGGUUGUGGCGCUGCGCCUGCGCUCCUGCGCCCGUCUGGACGAGCCGCUGCCGCCCCCCGAAUCCGAGUACGACUACCCGCGCCUCAUUAACAAGGCGCUGCCGCCGGAGGUGCGGGUGCUGGGCUGGAGCCCCGUGGCGCCCGAGUUCAAUGCGCGCUUCAGCGCCCAGUACCGCGAGUACAAGUACUUCAUCGUGCAGCAGCGGCUGGGGACUGCAGCGACCAGCCCGCACGUAGCGCCCACCGCAGCCACCACCGGCACCACUACCGCACAAUUAGCUCCACCACCUGCACAACAACAACAACAAGAACAAUCACAGCAGCAGCCACAGGAGGAGGGCGGGCGGUUACCGGGCUGUGCGGCGGUGUCCACAGGAACAACGGAGGAUCAGCUUCAGGAAGGAGCAGCAGGGGCAGCACCAACAGCAACAGCAGCCACAACGGAUGUGUCGUACAGUUUGGAUCUGGACGCCAUGCGGCAGGCUGCGUCGUACUUUGUGGGGGAACACGACUUCCGGAACUUUUGCAAACCGGAUGUGACAGCGGUCCGCAGCUUCCGCCGCCGCAUUCUGUCGUUCACCAUCGAGCCGGUGCGGUGCGGCGCGGGUGCGGGGUCACACGAGGUGUAUGCGCUGGUGGUGCGCGGGACGGCAUUCCUGUGGCACCAGGUCCGCUGCAUGGCUGCCGUGUUGCUGAUGGUGGGUCGGCGGCAGGAGGCGCCCCAGGUGGUGGCCCGGCUGCUGGACGUGGCGGCCACCCCGCGCAAGCCGCAGUACUCCAUGGCACCCGAGGAGCCUCUGCUGCUGUACGCGUGCGGCUUCUCCGACCUGGCCUUCCGCCGCAGCUCCCCCGCGGUGGCGGCUGCGCUGGGUGACGUGGGCGGGCAGCUGGGGCGGCACCUGGUGGGGGCGGCUCUGACGGCGGAGUGCCACACGCGCAUGGCGGCGGAUACCAGGUGUGAGGACGCGGGGAGCAGCAGCGGCGGCAGCGGCAACGGACGCAGCGGUGGUGGAGGUGCGGUGGGUGGUCACAUUCCGCUGCUGCGGCGGCAGACGGAGCCGUCGAUAGAGGAGCGCAUGGCGCGGAGGGG